GGGCGGAAGUGACGUCACCCAUAGGCGGAAAUGGGAGAGUUUGAGCGUUUUCUUUCAUUCGGAGAGGGUUAGUGGCUGGGAUGGAGCCGGCGGUGGUUCUCCGGGCGGAGGCUUUGCGGGAGCGGCUGCUUCAGGGGCUGGAGGCCGAGCAUGUGGAAGUGGAAGAUACAACUCCUGGACGCUGUGCCACAAGUUUCAAAGUCCUGGUAGUGUCCCCACAUUUUCGAGGGAAGGCGUUACUCCAACGACAUCGCCUGGUCAAUGAACUCUUAUCUGAGGAGCUGAAGCAUAUCCAUGCCUUUGAACAGAGAACACUGACACCAGAACAGUGGGCGAAGGAACAAGAAGCUAAGUGAUAGAUGUAGCUCUGUCCCUUCCCUCUGGACUAAAAAGCAGCAGGCCAGAGAUUGGACCAAAACAUCUACUGCAAGAGGAGAGGAGAGAUGGAAAUGGAAUGAAUGUAAUGCUGUGGAGGUGGGACCCAUCUAUGCUCUCCAGUGAGAGUCCUAAGUAGACUUGAAAGAGCAUGAGGCAGAAAAUUAAAAAAAAUGAAACAUU